AUAAAUGUAGGAAAAUCCUCUGGCCAAGGUUUCAACAUCCCAACAUGGCUACAAAACCCAUCCAAAUUUUGCAGGCAAAGCGGCAACAACGCACACCAACCUGGCACAAGCAGUAGUAGCAGCACACACGCACCCUCUCCCAGCAAAGCAAACGAUGGCGGCGAGGCUCGUCUCCGUUGCCCACCUCCUCCUGCUCCUCGUUGUCCUGGCCGGCUCCCGCCGCGUGGCGCUGGCCUCGGAGACCGUGGAGCAGACCUGCGCCAAGGCCACGUCGGGCGCGGGCCGCGAGGAGCUGGCGCCCUUCUGCGUGUCGUCGCUGCAGGCGGCGCCCGGCAGCGACGGCGCCGACGCGCGCGGCCUGGCCGCCAUCGCCACCAACCUGACGCUGGCCAACUACACGGCCGCCGUGGCCACCAUCAAGGCGCUGGAGCGGCGCGGGGGCUGGUCCGAGCAGUCGCGUGCCGCGCUGGCCACGUGCCGCCAGCGGUACAUCGAGGCGCUCAACGUCGUGCACAGCGCCGUCCACGCGCUGGCCACGGGGAACCUCCGGGGCUACGUGUCCGACAUGGAGGUCGUCGGGAAGGCGGCGACCGACUGCGAGCACGCGUUCGGCGGCGCCGGGAGCGGGCCGCUGCGGAAGGUGGACGAGGACGCCGGCAACCUCGUCGUGGUGGCGACGCUCAUCGUCAGAUCCCUCCAGUGAUUAAGGCCGGAGGCGCAGUUUGGUGUCGCAUUAAUUACCUCGCGGCCGUAGGCAAAUCUCUACUACCUAUUAAGACGGUAAGGGGUAGGCUGCCCCAUUCCGUGUUCUGCCAUUCCCAUUCCGUCCUCACUGCAAAGCCCAUUCCCAUUCCCAGCUGUAUGUCUUUCUCAUUCCCCCUCCCUGCAAAGCCCAUUCACAUUUCCAUUCCCGGCUAUCACGUGUCUUUCUCAUUCCCCCUCCCACAAAGCCUAUUCUCAUUCCCACGUGCAUCCCACGCCUAGCUAAAAUUAAAUUAAAAAAACAGGCUCCAAGGGGAUUCAAACCCGCGACCUCUCAAAUAAAUGUGUUUGUAGCUACCACUACACCACAUGUGUGUUUAUGUCUACAUCUAUUAUAGUAAAAACAUAUAAUACAUCUCUCCCGAAGCCCACCUGCUACCCUUGCACAAUGUGUAGUAGUAGAUAAGUAUCACUGAGAUUAUUAAAUUAUAUUUUUGGAUUGAGGGAGUAGUAUUUAAAGAAGAGCCUUGCAUGCAAUUUCUUUUGUUUGAACAAUGUUUUCAACUUAAAUACUUUUUUUGCAUGUGU